AUGUUUGUCUUUUUCCCAGAGGACAGAAGCGACUUCGUCUGUAUGAAAUGCAAGCUGGUUUCCAUACUGGAAGAGAAAGUUAAAGGACUAGAGAACAAGCACAGCCACCUCCAGCGGCGGCUCAGGGCUCGGCGGCCAAGCGCUCCCCACCCGGAGCCGGAGCUGGGAUCCGCCCACAGCGCGGGGCCGGGAUCGGCCGGGGACAGGCGGCGGCACAGGACAGAAGUUAUAAGGAAAAUGAAGGUUUCCUCCUUCCCUCAUGGCCCUGUAAGAAGCUCCUCUCUGCCUGGCUACAUCAUGUUCUUCAUUAUUCUGUCCCUUCACAAAGUGGACUCAGCUCAAUUUAAAGUGAUUGGACCUGACCACCCUGUCAUGGCCACUGCAGGUGAGGACAUUGUGUUACCCUGUCAUCUCAGCCCCAGGGUAAGCGCUGAGAACAUGGAGGUGAGAUGGUACCGGUCCCAGUUCUAUUCACUUGUGCACCUUUAUCGUGAUGGGGACAAUCAGAAUGAAAGGCAGAUGCCAGAAUAUCAUGGAAGGACAGAAUUUCUGAGAGAUGACAUUGCCAAUGGAAGCGUUGCCUUGAGAAUACGCCAUGUCAGACCCUCUGAUGAAGGACAGUACAGGUGCUUUUUUCGAUCAAGUGUUUUUCAUGAAGAAUCCCUGUUGGAACUGAAAGUAGCAGGUCUGGGCUCUGCUCCUCUCAUCUCUGUUGAGGGUUAUCAGGAUGGAGGGAUUCGAAUGGUGUGUCGAUCAGCUGGGUGGUACCCAGAGCCUGAGGUGCUGUGGAGAGAUCCCAGUGGAGAGCCUUUAACAUCACUGUCAGAAACAAAACCCCGAGGGGCUAAUGGCCUAUUUGAGACACAGAGUUCUAUCAUUAUAACAGAGACUUCUAACCAGAGCCUGUCCUGUCAUAUCAGGAACGCCCUCCUCAACCAAGAAAAAGAGUCGACAGUUUAUAUAGCAGAUCCUUUUUUCCCAAGGGUGUCUCCCUGGAUGGUGGCGCUGUACGUGCUCCUGGUUAUUUCUUUGGUUUUGAUAGGCGUUGCUGCUUUUCUCUUCAAGUUAAGAGGAAACCUUCAUGCAAAAAUUGGGAAGAUCCAGGCUGAAAAACGGAAACUUCUUGAAAAUAUCAGUGAACUCCAAGAAGAAAUUAGGAGAUUGCAGGCAGAAAUUGGGAAACACCUUGACAAUAUCAGUGAACUCCAUGAAGAAAUUACUUUAGAUUACAGCAGCCUAUGGGCUAUUCGAAUCCAUACCACCUGGCUGCAGCUCCUCUAA